UCCCCUGUGCGAGCGCUCGGGCUAGAGACCGGCUGACUGCGGGGAUCGGCGCUGCUCUGAGUAGGAUGGCUCAGGCGGGGAGAUUCCUGGCCUGGCUGCUGCUGGUGGUCCUGGGCCUGCUGGGCUGUGGAUGCCGAGCGGAGCGGGACUGCAGAGUGAGCAACAUCAGAGUCCAAGAGAACUUCAACAAGGCUCGUUAUAAUGGCACCUGGUAUGCCAUGGCCAAAAAAGACCCUGAGGGACUGUUCCUGCAGGACAAUGUGGUAGCCCGGUUCACCAUAGAUGAGAAUGGACAAAUGUGUGCCUUCGCCAAGGGCAGAGUCCAGCUGUUCAAUAACUGGGAUGUUUGUGCUCAAAUGGUUGGCUCCUUCACUGACACUGAGGAUCCUGCCAAGUUCAAGAUGAAGUACUGGGGUGUUGCCUCUUUUCUCCAGAAGGGAAAUGAUGAUCACUGGGUAGUGGACACAGAUUAUGACACUUAUGCACUUCAUUACUCCUGCCGCCAACUAAAUGAUGAUGGUACCUGUGCUGAUAGUUACUCCUUUGUGUUCUCCCGGGACCCAAAGGGAUUGCCACCUGAGGCACAGAAAAUUGUCAGGAAAAGGCAGGUCGACCUCUGCUUGGACAGAAAAUACAGAGUUAUUGUCCAUAAUGGAUUCUGCUCUAAGGAGUUUUGAAACUAUGGAAGCAAAUGAUGUAACAUCAAUAUGGAUGUAAAGUUUACAAAUUGACUGUUUUAUUGUAGAUCUUUAAAGCAGCUUCAUUCAAACUUCAAAUAUAUUUAUC